AUGGAUUUCCUGCUACCCAUAAGAAGUCCAGACAGGAUGGCUUCCUCCAGCUCCGAGCCUCUUCUGGGCCCUCACAGCAGCUGCACCAGGCACCACUAUCAUGGCGUCAGAAGAAAGCUGCGGCCAGGACGGAUUCUAGGCUUCAUCAUCAGUAUGGUGGCGGUCUGCACAUUCUGUUCAUGGAGUGCCUUGUCGCUGGUCACAUCUGUGGCCAAGGAGUUGGAAUCGUCUGCUGAGGGCUCAGCAGAGGAGGCAGUGCCCCAGAGAACUCUUCUACAGUACCACAAUCUCACAGCUGCGCCAGAGGACACGCCGGUAGCUAUGAAAUCAUCUGACAUGGAGAUGAAUCACGGGGACUACCCAACGGACUACUUCAGCGUGGAGGAGAGACGCCAGGGCUAUGUGGUUUUUCAUAUGUUUGGCAUGUUGUACAUGUUCAUAGCCUUAGCCAUAGUCUGUGAUGAGUUCUUUGUACCUGCGCUCACAGUCAUCACAGAGAGGCUGCAGAUCUCUGAUGAUGUAGCAGGAGCCACCUUCAUGGCGGCAGGUGGCUCAGCCCCAGAGCUCUUCACUUCUGUCAUAGGAGUCUUUGUUUCCCACAGUAACGUGGGUAUCGGUACCAUUGUGGGCUCUGCUGUCUUCAACAUCCUGUUUGUGAUCGGGAUGUGCGCCCUGUUCUCCAAAGAGGUGUUGCACCUCACCUGGUGGCCUCUGUUCAGAGACGUCUCAUUCUAUAUCAUCGGCCUGCUCAUGCUCAUCUAUUUCUUUCUGGAUAAUCAAAUCACAUUGUCGGAAAGUAUCAGCCUGCUGAUGUGCUACAGCUUCUAUGUGACGUUCAUGAAGUUUAACGCCAGUGUAGAACAGGUCAUCAAAUCCUGCCUGGGCAGCAACCAGGUGGACGAGCUGGAGACCGCACCAAAGGUUAACGCACCUGGAGAUGAUGAGAACAAGCUGACGGCCAAACCGAGGCUGCAGAGGGAAGGCAGCUGCGCCUCUCUACACAACUCACUGAUGAGAAACAGCAUCUUCCAGCUCAUGAUACACACUCUCGACCCCCUCAGUGAUGAAGCACGUUUCAAAGAGAAGGCAUCAAUCCUGCACAAAAUGGCCAAGCAGAAAUGUAAAGAAGACGGUACCAGUGCCAAUGGUGUAGGACCUGCCUCCCAGACACAACCUGCGAGAAAUGCAAAUUCUGAUAAAAACAUCCCCAACAGUUCAAAUGUUGCAGUGGAGGUCACACCACCCAUGAAUGGCGUUGCAGGAGGAGAAGAGGAUGGCGAGGAAGAGGAGGAUGAGGACCAGCCUCUGAGCCUUGCCUGGCCAGACACCACCAGGAAACAGCUCACUUACCUCCUCGUCAUGCCCAUCGUCUUCCCUCUGUGGCUAACACUUCCUGACGUCAGGAGAGAGACCUCAGAAAAGUACUUUCCUAUCACUUUCAUCGGCGCCAUUACUUGGAUUGCUUUCUUCUCAUACCUGAUGGUGUGGUGGGCUCACCAGGUUGGAGAAACGUUCUGGAUCACAGAGGAGAUAAUGGGUCUGACCAUAUUAGCCGCUGGCACUUCAAUCCCUGACUUGAUCACCAGUGUGAUCGUAGCACGAAAAGGCCUCGGUGACAUGGCGGUGUCGAGCUCUGUGGGCUCCAACAUCUUUGAUAUCACUGUGGGUCUGCCGUUCCCCUGGCUCCUCUACAACAUCAUCAACGACUUCAAGCCGGUGGAGGUGAGCAGCAACGGCCUCUUCUGCGCCAUUGUCCUUCUCUUCCUCAUGCUCCUCUUCGUCAUCAUCUCCAUCGCGGCUUGCAAGUGGAAAAUGAGCAAAAUCCUGGGCUUUCUCAUGUUCCUGCUUUACUUCAUCUUCCUCAUUGUCAGCGUCAUGCUGGAGGACAGAGUCAUUGUCUGCCCCGUCACCAUCUGAGAGAGAGCGACUCCCGCUGAAGCGGAAAUUAAGCAUAAAUGUGCUCACAUGUACCAUGAUUUUCUGUAGGAUUGGAAAAAAAUGCUUGCACAGACACAAACUCUCUCUUACCUGUUUCACUUACAUACACAAUAAAAGACGCAUACACACAUAAUCAAGUGACAGGUCUCAAACACACACACACACACACACACACACAC